ACAGCAGACAGGAAGCUCUCCACUCUGCCACAUCACGACAACGGUGCUAGGAAGGUACUCUUCCAUCUUGCGAAAUCCUCGCGUUCUUUCUUUCUCCCUUAUCGUAAUAGAUUUCUCGCGUCCUCGGCUGUAACCAACAAAGGCCUCAAAGACAUCGUCAAGUUUGUACGCGGGAAUAUCAGGCUGUGUCAUACCUAACAAUCCUGCUAUAGUCGUCGUCCAGCAGUCCAGCUUGCAUCGUUAUUCCGUCUGUUGGCUGCAUAACCGAUCUCCCGUUACAAAGUUGCUGUGCGCGGCCGAAAACGCUGGGCUGAGAGCUUCAGCAGCUUGAAGGGAGCCGUUAGGCCAAAGAGGUAUAUCUGCGACCAACCGAGCCAUUCAGUUUGUGUGACAUCAAGCAGUGUCUGGGUGUAGCAGCAACUGGAUCAUCGCCUCCGUCACAAGGCAAACUAGAAAAUUUCCCCUCGAACAUCUCUUAUCUGUCGAUAAUCCCGGGGGAUUGUUUCCAUCGCACUUGUAUAGUCCUCACUUUCGGUCGUCACAAUUUCUGCUACCCUUGCUCGUGUCGCAACCGUACGCUUGAGAGCUGGUUUCGAGACUGAAAGCCAGUGGCAGUUGCGCGUCUCGGCUUGUCCGCCCAUCACGGACGCGAGAGCUGGAUCGAAGCAUUGGGCUUAAUAACGGACGAGACCGAAGGAUUAGAUCGAGACGAACAAUCACUACUCAGUGCGCACCCUUGAGAGCCCGACCUACUACCUAACCUCUUCAUCAGCCGGGUAAACCAUCCAGAUGGCGCCAAUGAAACGAGUUUCGAACCAACGCGAUGCAAUAGCGCAAAAAGGCAAUUUCGACUCCGUUGUCAAAGAGUCCCUCGAGCUUUCAACGCCAACAUAUAAGCGCGAUCCAGCCCCGAAAUCAACUUUGCAUCUUGAAGAGAAGUGGGAGGAAAUUCCUCCGUCGGCACACGCGCAGGUAGCCAGGAUAGCAGUCUUUGCAGCCGCAGGAGAUCCAUCAACACUUGCAAUCGAAGGACCCCACCUCUCCGAGAACUCACCAUCCACUCGUGCACUCCCGCGACAAUACGCCGAAACCUCCACAAUCCCAGCUUACUACGGUGCACUCUACUCGAGUCCGUCUCCAGGAGCCGUGGUGGGCAUCACCCUCGGCGCCGUCGCCGGCUUCAUCCUGAUCCUCUUCCUCAUCUACACAUGCAUCAACCUAGGCGGAUACUCAGCAGCAAUCAGCGAAUCCGGAGGAACCGCGUCGGUAGUGACGCGGCGGAGUCGGCAUCACUACCGCUCUUCACGACACAGCGAAGCUGGCGGUGGUGUCCGCGGUGGCAUGUACAAACACCGGAGAAGCAGCAGGCGCCGAUCACGGUCUACUUCCUCGGCUGGUGACGGGGGAGAAACGGUGGAGAUCCGCAGGACCAAAACAAGUCGUACGGGUCGCCGGGGUAGGUCUGGCGAUGCUCACGGACAUGGACAUGGCGACGGUAUUAUCCUGGAGGAGCGGCACCAAUCGCGGCCGAUAGGACAGGGACAUGGCCAUGGACAAGCGAUUGCGGAGCGGAUUGUAGUCGAGGAGAGGAGGAGGGGCACGAGGAGGCAAUCGAGGACGGCGAGAUCACGGUCACCGCCGGAAAGAGGGCCGAUUGUGGUGGAAACCUCGGAGCCUUCGCAUCCUCAUGAGAGAGAGAGGAUUGUGGUUGAGGAGGAUGUGAGUAGUGUGUCAUCGCCUCCCGGGCCGCCGAGACGGAGGAGGAGCUCAGGAUAUCGCGACAUUCGGCCAGGUGAGUUUGCGGGCGGGGAUGAGCCGUUGAGGGAGAUAAGGAGGUCGAGGAGUAUUGGUCGACAUGGGGAGUGAUGAGGAACGAGGCUUUGUGUGACACGGUACGACGAAAUGGGCGAUGCAUUGUUAUGUAUCCUGUUGGAUGGUCUAGGCUUGGAAAUAAUGAACUUUCAAGUCAUAAAGUUCUGCAACGGAUCCGGCUUGUUUCGAGAGAUUGGAUAAAAGCACGCACUGUGACCCGUGUAAGAAAUAUUGGAUAUUGUGCACUCCAGACUCUUGGCCGAACACGAUCUUGGGAGAUUGCCAAUACUUCGAGUCCUUAGGAUUUCAAUCUUGUAUAUUUCCAGUAUUCUCCGUCAUGUGCCACAUGUACAUCAUGGUUGCGGGGAGUUGUAGCCUUCGAGUGGAGUGGGACAUUUGAAUCGAUAUUGCGGGUCUUGAGCGCCU